AUGUCUACCCCGUCCAAGCCACUUCGAUCGGUCCAGAUUCGAUCUGCUGUGUAUACAACGUGUAGGAGUUCAUCGGAUCGAUUUGCUGCCUCUCAAACAUCCUCUUUGUUGCCAGGCAAAGGCAAGCAGAGGGAGAAUGACGCGUCUACCCUGUCGACUAUCUCGUGUGGGUGUCACUUUCAGCAGCGGCGUCAUCAGCAGACGUUUGUCCGUACGGUUUCGCCAGCCGGCGCGCAAGUUCGUGUCCAGCUCAAGUCGACCCGCAGCGGCGUGUUCGGCCUGUCGACCAGCCGUGGUACACGCGCGUACCAAGAAGAUACCGCGUCUGUAUCGUGUCUGCACGUGCCCGUGGACGAGCUGAGGCGCAACUACCUCAAGCUUCACUCACUUUCGUCGUCAGCUGCAGGUGCAGCUGCGGCCAAUGCUGCAUUGGAGUGGGACCCAGAGAAAGCAGGCGGAGAAGAGCUGGCUGGUCAGGUGGUCUGGUUUGGGUGCUUCGAUGGACAUGGUGGUCAGCAAGUGUCAAGCUUCUUGCGUGAUCAACUCCACCGAACAUUCGAAAGCGUCGAGAAGGACAUGGUCACAGAUACCGUGCAGUAUACAAGGGAACUUGGAGGAUACUUUCGGCGAUUCACUGGAGGCGUACUCGAGCGAUGGGUGCGAAAAGAUAGACUAAAACCUGUGCGAGCCAUCGCCGCCGCUGGACGGCGGCCUCCGACAUUAGCAAAUACAGCCAAGACAACAGAGGCCGGCUCAAAGCAGGAUGAUGUCAGAUACAAGAGCACGGAGGAACAAGUGGACCAUCUCACCAAGCCGGAUUCGUUGUCCGAUAUGUUGAGCGAUGAAGGUCAAGCGCAAGAUUCGAGCAAGACGAUCCUCCAGCCUACUCGUCAAGACGGGGCUGUCAAGAUCGGCGGUAAUGUGGAUGGACUCGGCAAGAAGACAGCUGGAAGUGAACUGCCUGCUGGAAGCGCAGAGCUAGGCUGGGAUAAGCUGAUCGAGCGUAUCCCGCCUCCCGAAGGAAUGGAGAAAGAGACCAUGACUAUGGCCGAGCGUCUCACUCUGGCGUGGCUCGUCGCAGAUCGACAGAUCCAGAGUUCACCUGAACUCGAUGUUGGGGGUAGCACAGCUUCGGUGGCUUUGCUUCACUCGCUGGACAUGCCUUCGAUCCCGUGGUAUUCGUCCGAAUUUGUGGGUCUGCAUGUUGCACAUGUAGGCGACACGCGCAUGCUCAUGUGUUCUGUGAAAGACGGUAAGGCUGUCCCGCUUACUAGUUACCACCAUCCCGACGAUCGAUCCGAGUCAGAGCGACUGCGCAAGAUGGGCGCCGGAAUGAUCACCGAUUCGUUCGGCGAGGCGAGAUGGAUGGGUGCGUUGGCCAACACGCGUGCAUUUGGCGACUCGCGAUUCAAAAAGGUCGGCAUCACGGUGGAGCCCGAGAUCUUUUCGCAGGUGAUCCGCGGAAGCGACUACGGCUUCGUGAUUGCAUUCAGCGAUGGUGUCGGUGGCGUCAUGUCGGACCAAGAGGUGGUGGAUCUGUGCAGGAACGCGAAACACCCGACUCAGGCAGCGCAGAACGUACUGACAUUUGCAGAAGAGCUGGGCGCACAGGAUAACUGCACAGUCAUCGUGAUUCCGCUCAAAGGUUGGGCCAAGGUUGGAGGUCAAGAUGUGACCCGAGAGAGGCGCGAAAUGCGCCGGUCCAAGAUUGACCUUUAUCGAGACAACCGCAGGUAA